GUUGGUGGCAGCGGCGGCAGCGAGGUGGCCGUCACACACCGCGCCACCGCAGACUAUUUUUGACGGUGGAGUGUGUGUCUUGUCGCCUCUCCGUGCCUCCCCUCGCCACCAGCACACGCCUGCAGUGCCACGCACACCAAGGACACGCCAGGACACACAAUAGACACCGGACACUACAACACACACCCUCCAAAAAUCGAUCUUGGUUCUUAAGUGCAAUUACAUUAACCUGUUGCUGUAAACCAGUAUUACAAAGCAAAAUUUUAUCCUCCCGUGAACUUCCCGGGCACUGUGCCUCCUAGAGCAUAAGGUCCUUGAACUCACGUCCCCUCCAGUGAUAGGGAAACUAGUUGUAAGUGAAGGAAUCGAACGGUAAAGGGGAAAAGGAGAGAGAAAGAUCGACAUUACCGGUCAUGUGUCUUUCUCUCGCCGUCCCCUUCUGCAGUGCGCGGUGGAUGAGUGUGCUGAGUGCAGGUCGUGGCCUUGCCGCUAGUGCCACGCCCCUGAGGCAAGUGUAGAGGGAGGAUGGGCGACCCGUGGAGGCGGCUACACCCAACAGAUCACCCAAGACCAGCACAGCAGCAGAGGUGACAGCCUGGGCAUGGAAGUGGUGGGUGGAGGAGGCUGGUGGAGGGCCGGGGAAGUGGAGAAUCUCACAGUGUUGGCCUCGCAGCAUGACGAUCCUGGGGUGGCUCUGGAGUCGGCAGAUCUCUCCUGGGCCGAGGGGUACAAUGACAGCCUCGCCACGGCUCCCACGCCCCUCGGCAAUGCCUCCUCCUCCUCCAGGGACACGCAGAGGAAGAUUGAGUAUUGCACUGAGUGGUCUGGUGCAACACUCACUCUCUUCCAGGUGGCCAACUUCAUCUGCCUUCUGGCCUUCCUGGUUCCGCACAACUUCAAGCUCUCUGGCCUGGUGAUGCGUGCCGUACUCAGUGUGGGAGUGCUUCUGUUCACCCUGUGGGCCGGCCUGGACCUGUGCGCCGUGGACAUCCUAGCAUGGAACCUCUCCUUCCUGCUGCUCAACGGGGCCCACGUCCUCUACCUGACCUACACUGUGUGGCCCCCCGUGUACACCCUGACCUGCUGGACCUUUACGACAAGGUGUUCAAGCCACUCAAGAGGGGCACAGGCCAAGGGCAAUGAAAAGAGAAAAAAAUACUCAUUCAGGUGCCAGUCCCAAGGGAAAGGUCAAAAGGAUCAUCCAAAAUUGAAGGAAAAGCAUCUUGAAAUCUCCGUGUUGAAAGCAUUCACGUCAUAAGAAGGAGGAAAUACAGAAACAAUUAGGGAGUUCCAGGCAUUACCAGAAUUCUGUCCAGGGCUGAAACGGGACAGGUGAGAAUAAAUACAAUUGUAAUGAUAUCUACAUCUGUAUUUUGUCCAGGUGUGGGUAGGUUAGGUUGACUUGUGGCUAAAACAGUUACCUUUAAGACAGGGCAAAGAACUCUUACAUAUGAAAAAUACUAAUGCUACUUAAUUGUAACUGAGUAUGCAAAGGCUCUCCCCCCAAAAAAAAGUGGCUGAGUGGUGAUUAUCAGAAAAAUUUGCAAGAAUAAAAGUUGUGACUGGAGAGACAGAAGACAGAGAAGGAGAGAA